CAUGCCCCCUCUCUCUCCCUCUCUCUCUAAGCACAUCUUCUCCGAUACCACCACCUGUUCUCCUCUCUCUCUCUCUCUACACGCAUAUAUGUGCAUACAUAUAUGUGUGUGUGUAUGUGUUGUACUAGGGUUUCUGGUUUUCUGUCUCGAAGAGUGAGGUCUCAUUCUUUGGUGUUUCUGUCUUCGAGAGAUCUCCACUGGUUGACGCAGGAGUGCUUGUAAUUCUCGCGGCUUUAAUGGCGACGGCGCCGGUGAAGUCCCAGCCUCUGCACAACUUCUCUCUGCCGCCGCUCUUGAAAUGGGGCCACAAGAGCCACGUGAACCCCAACCACCGCUACCGCCGCCCCGCCGACGCCACGGCGGAGCGCCACCGCUCGCCGCCGCAGGAGCAGGAGGAGGAGCAGGACUCUGAAAACGGUGCUGGUUUGGAGAACGCGAAAGUUGCGAUUGGAUCGCGGAGAGAGGAAGGGAGCGAGUUCGCGUUCGCUCCCUGUUCGUCGCGGAGGCAGGAGGGGACCGUUUCCGAAGGGGAGGCCUUGGAGGUUCAGGCGGAGGAAUCGGCGACGAAGCCGUGGAAUCUGAGGCCAAGGAGGCCGGUUGUGAAGGCUGCGGUGGAGAUCGGCGGGGUUUCGAGGAAUGGAGAGUCGGACGAGAAGGCUCCGAAGGUGUCUGAAAGUACAGCGCUGGAGGAGACUGAGAACCUUCCGAAAUCGAUGAGGCUGAGAGGUUAUUCAGAAGGUCAGGGCUUGGAGAGGAGGGAGAAGAGGAGGUUAUGGAUCGCGCUGUCUCGCGAGGAGAUCGAGGAGGACGUGUUCUCGAUGACUGGGUCCAGGCCAGCUCGAAGGCCGAAGAGAAGGCCCAAGACUGUGCAAAAACAGCUCGAUAAUAUCUUCCCUGGUCUCUAUCUGGCCGGGGCUACGGCUGAUUCUUAUCGAGUUUAUAUAGCUCCGAAGUAGUCGUGAUAAUGGGCCGGUGCAGGUUUCUUUAUCUCUCUCCCUAUUCCAAUCUAGUUGGUAUUCAGAGGUUGGUGGAAUAGUGACGGUAAACAAUGGGAGGAUGAAAGCUUGUUCCUGCUACACUGGGGCCUCAAUUGGAGGUAUAAUAUAAUGAAUUGUGUAAAGGGAAAAGGCAGUUGUGGACAUAGAAAUUAUAGGAUGAUAUCUAAUUUCUUGGAUUCUCGUUUGUACUGUCCAUUGCACAUUAUGUGGGCCAAUCUAUAGAUGAUUGUUAGUAGUUUAAGAUGUAAAGCCGAAUGGUGGAUCAGUGGAGGGAGAAUUGUGGUUUUCAUCUCUCAAUGCCAUAUUUUGGCAUCUUUUUUAAGGGUACUUCUGUUACUAUUUUGAAGUAAUUCUUAUUUGUUGACUA